AUGAAGGCCGACGACGACCACGACCGAUCGUCUUCAACCCCGACCGGUGCAUCUAAAAUAACUGUCCAAGACAAGGACAAGCCUCGGCUGACUGAUCAGGAGAAGAAGAACAAUCAUAUAGCUUCUGAACAGAAACGCCGAGCCGCCAUUCGCGAGGGUUUCGACCGUCUGACGGAACUGGUUCCAGGCCUUGAAGGCCAGGGCCGCAGCGAGAGUAUUGUCCUACAGAAAACCGUCGAGUUCAUGCAGGCGAAGCUGCAGGAGCGCCACAAUCUCAUCGCUGAACUCGAAACCAAAGGCGGGCAUGUGGACGAUUCUUUCCGGCCGACCUAG